AUGCCCCUGGGUCAAAUACAGCAACAAGAAAUGCCACGCGACGACUCGUUUCGGACGAAAAAACAGGAACAAUGGGCCCGCGAAAAGGAGAGCGAACAGCCCGAAUGGUUCCCCUUCGUCGGCAACGAGAGUCCGGGAUGCGGGAACCCGAAUCGCCGCCACGAAGCACGCGAUUACUGUACCCCAUCACCCGGUCGCCUCGUCAUCGCGCGAGCCCAGCCGAACCCCAGAGGUAAUAUUGAUCCUCAUUUUUGCGCAAAGCAGCUGAAUCGUGCCCUCCUUGCGUUCCACUCACCGGCUUUGAUCUCCGCGCGCGCCCCUAAAGGCAUCAACCUGCGGCUGAACCUCCCGCAGGCGGUCAAGCGAGUGAUGGGCAUUUGGGCGCGGUUACCCCCUCCGUCCGCUCUCGGCCCUGAAGCGCUUGUUAUUGUUGGCUGGGUACACACAUACACAAGCGAUGGCCGCUUGGAG